UGCCCGCUCUAUCCUACAUCCCUCUUUGCUGACUCCCUCCUUUUACUCCUCGCUAUCAAAGACCCAAUCUUUCCUGCCUUCGUCUCUCCCGUAUCAAACCAUGAGUCUCUUUGGUCUUGGAAGGAACCAGAGAACUUUCCGCCCUAAAAAAAGUGCACCCUCGGGGAGUAAGGGAGCACAAUUAAGAAAGCAUAUUGAUGCAACUUUAGGGAGUGGGAACUUGAGAGAAGCUGUACGACUUCCUCCAGGAGAGGACAUUAAUGAGUGGCUUGCUGUCAACACCGUAGAUUUCUUCAACCAGGUGAAUCUGCUCUAUGGCACCCUGACAGAGUUUUGCACACCCGAUAACUGCCCUACAAUGACUGCUGGCCCCAAGUAUGAAUAUAGGUGGGCAGACGGUGUACAGAUCAAGAAACCCAUUGAAGUUUCAGCACCGAAAUAUGUUGAGUAUUUGAUGGAUUGGAUCGAGGGCCAGUUGGAUGAUGAAUCCAUAUUUCCUCAAAGGCUCGGUGCACCGUUUCCUGCCAACUUCAAGGACGUUGUGAAGACAAUAUUCAAGCGCCUGUUUCGUGUAUAUGCUCAUAUUUAUCACACCCAUUUUCAAAAGAUUGUGAGUCUCAAGGAAGAGGCCCAUCUAAACACCUGCUUCAAGCAUUUCAUACUAUUUACUCAUGAGUUCGGGCUUAUUGACAAGAAGGAGCUUGCCCCGCUCCAAGAGCUUAUAGAAUCUGUUAUCGUGCCUUAUUGAGUGUCCCCUCUUAUCCAUUUCCCCGCCAUGAAGACUGAUUAUUCUCCAGAGACUUGAUGGCAUAAUGCCGCAAGAAUUUCCAGUUACAGCUUCUUCACCUUUUUAUGAUUUGGAUGACUUUACCUAGUACUCCAUCAAAGGAUUAUCAUUAAACUUGUUUACCUUGAUUGUCAUUAAAAUCAGGUGUUGAUGUUUAUAUUUCUGCCUAAGAACAUGAACAGAUUGCGCAUUUUAGAGUUGAAAAUGAAGAGUUCUGGUUUGCAAAACUGAA